AUGCUGGCCCAGAUCUACGAGACAGAGUUGGAGAACAUCGAAGACUUCGGAGGCCUUUCGGAUUUCUGCCACACCUUUAAGUUGUCCCGUGGCAAAGCUCAGGAUGACAACGAGGAUCCCACCGUUGUUGGAGAAUUCAAGGGCUCGUUCAAGAUCUACCCUCUUCCUGAUGACCCCACGGUGCCCGUCCCUCCACGCCAGUUCCACCAGCUUCCAGCCCGAGGCCCCCAGGAGUGUCUCGUGAGGGUUUACAUCAUCCGGGCCUUUGAUCUGCAGCCGAAGGAUUCCAAUGGAAAAUGUGACCCUUAUGUGAAGAUUUCUGUGGGGAAGAAGUCCAUCAAUGAUCAGGACAAUUACAUCCCCUGUACCCUGGAACCGGUCUUUGGAAAGAUGUUUGAGUUGACUUGUACGUUGCCCAUGGAGAAGGAUUUGAAGAUCACCUUGUAUGACUAUGACCUCUUGUCCAAAGAUGAGAAGAUCGGGGAGACCGUCAUUGACCUAGAGAAUCGCUUCCUUUCCCGAUAUGGGGCUCGUUGUGGCCUUCCUCAGACUUACUGCAUUUCUGGUCCCAACCAGUGGAGAGAUCAGCUGCGCCCAUCACAACUCCUCCAUCAUUUUGCCUUGCAACACAAGGGCAAGCUUCCAGUUUACAAGACUGACCAGGUCAUCUUUGGAGAUCAAACGUACUGCCUUUCGGACCUGGAGGACAGCAAGCCUCCCAACCCCCACCUGGGCCCUGUGGAAGAACGGCUCGCCCUGCGUGUCCUGCAGAAACAAGGCUUGGUCCCUGAGCAUGUGGAGACCAGGCAGCUGUACAGCCCUCUCCAGCCGGACAUUGAACAGGGCAGAGUUCAGCUUUGGGUGGACCUGUUUCCAAAAUCCCUUGGGCCACCAGGGCCACCAUUCAACGUGACCCCGCGAAGAGCAAAGAGGUUCUACUUGCGUUGCAUUGUCUGGAAUGCCCAAGACGUCAUCCUGGAUGACCUCAGCAUCACCGGCCAGAAAAUGAGCGACAUCUACGUGAAAGGGUGGCUGGUUGGUUAUGAGGAGAACAAGCAGAAGACGGAUGUGCAUUACAGGUCCCUGGGAGGUGAAGGCAACUUCAACUGGAGGUUCAUCUUCCCCUUUGAUUAUCUCCCUGCUGAGCAGGUCUGCUCCGUGGCGAAGAAGGAACAUUUCUGGAGCUUGGACAAGACCGAAAAUAAAGUCGCACCCCAGCUGGUCCUUCAGAUCUGGGACAAUGACAAAUUCUCCUUUGAUGAUUACCUGGGCUCCAUCCAGUUGGACCUCAACUGCAUGCCAAAGCCCAGCAAGACCGCCGAAAAAUGCCACUUGGACCUCCUAGAGAGCCGGGAGAGAGACGUCUCGCUGUUUGAGCAGAAGACAGUCAAGGGUUGGUGGCCAUGCCUGACUGAGCAGGAAGGCACGAAAGCCCUGGCGGGCAAGUUGGAGAUGACGCUGGAGAUCAUCAAUGAACAAGAGCAUGAAGAACGGCCAGCUGGACUGGGCCGGGAUGAACCCAAUAUGAACCCCAAGCUAGAAGACCCAAAGCGCCCGGAGACCUCCUUCCUGUGGUUCACCUCACCCUACAAGACCUUGAAGUACAUCUUGUGGAGAAGGUUCAAGUGGGUCUUUCUCAUCUUCCUCCUUGUCUUCAUUCUGUUGCUCUUCCUGGGGAUCUUCAUCUACGCCUUCCCGAACUACGCCGCCAUGAAGCUGGUGAAGCCCUUCAGCUGAACCCACCCCGUCCCCUGGAGCCGGGCCAGAGCCCAAGGAGAGCUGCGAAGGUGGCAGGAGACCUCCCCCAUCCCACAACGGCGUGGAAGGAAGGAGCACCGACGUUGCCUUGUAGACACCGCAUGACGGAGAUGAACCCCCAGAUCUGAAAACCUGCCCCCUCCCCAGUUUUGUCCCAAAUCCUGCUCCGGUGACCUGGCUGGAGCGACGUUUCCCCCGCCCCCGCCCCCCCAAGCUGCACAACCACGGUCUCAUCUUCUGAAGAGGAAGCCCUUCCUGGAGAUGCUUGAAGGUGGUGGCUACGAUGACCCUCAAGGCCCCAGCGACCUGGAAGCCCCCUGGAGAAAGGAGAAGGGUGUGUGGCACAGAGAGGGUGAGCGCACUCAGCAAGGAGCCAAGAGGGCAUCCGUGUAACUGCACCACCACCAGUCUACAUCACAGGCUUGUUGUGAUGCCUUGGACCCUUGCUUGGGUUGCUGGAGCAGAAUUCCCUCCCAGAAGUUUGGACUACAAUUCCCAUCGUUCCUCCCCCUCCCUGGGAGGAAAUGGGGAUGAGAUUCAGCGCAGCUGUAAGGUGGAGUGUCACUCUUUCUAAGGCAUCUUCCUUGCCGUGCUUAGCACAGGAAACCCUCCUCAGGGCCCCUUUCGUACACCACAGUUGGUAAAUGCAGACACACACACACACACAACACACACACACACCAGUGUUGGGUGCACAGUUCUGUCUGGCAGAGGAGUUUCGGACGUUUUUGUGCAGGUGCAAAUUACGCGCCCGUAAAAUGGGAGGUGGUGGGGUUUUUUUUUGCACCCGUCCGCGGUGCCUUCGUUCCUAAGGCAUCGCCCUUGGUGUUCCACGGAUGUCACAAGGGCCACCAACCCUUACAAGAUGGCUGGGCAGUUCCCCAACUUUCAUCUCCCCCGUGGGUAAUCCUCGUCUUACAACAGUUUGCUCAGUGAUUGUUCCAAGUUAUAACGGGACCCGAAAAGUGACUUACAACCAUUUUUCCCCCCGACCCUUAAGAUGGUUGCGACAUCCCGGUAGUCCACGUGAUUUACAUUCGGAUGCUUGGCCACUGGCCCAUAGUUAUGACGGCCGCAGAUCCCUUUUUUGCGGCCUUCGGAUGAGUGAAGUCAACAAGGAAGUCAGACUCAAGGGGGGGUAUUCAGCCGGUUCUGACCGGUUCUAGAGAACUGGUAGUGGAAAUUUUGAGUAGUUUGG